CGUGGAUUAAAUACUACACAUUGUAUGGGAAGAAGAUUUUCAGCAAUUAUUUUGCAAUACUGUCGUUAAGCAUUUAAUUACCUUUGCAAAUUAUUGGUAAAUAUACAGAAUGCCAGCGGUAGGCGAGAUUUUCGACUAUCUUUUCAACUAUACGAAAAUUUGUGAAUCAAGACAGAGUAGGAAACGAAAAAAAAUGUUGAAUAUUUUGGCUCCGUUAUCCGUUUACUUUGGACUUUCAUUUUGGAUACUUUAACGUAACAAUUUUCAUCGAGGAAUGUUAGAAACGUUAUUUCACGGAUAACACAAAAAUAUCUAUUCUCGUAGAAAAUGUUAAUAUGAUUUGUUUAGUAAAAUGAUUAAAAGAACCGUCAUGUUCUUUAUAACAAGGAUGGCGUCAUCUGAAUCUCUGUUCGCGUAGUUUUGUUAAAGCUAUGAUUUCGUUGAAUAACCACAAAUGCAUCCUAAAGAUUAUGUUCAAGUGGAAUAAGUUUCACUGAAUUAGGUAAUUUGCAUACCGUUGUUCGUAGUACUGAUUGUUAGUUGUGAAAAUUUAGGAAAAUCAGGGCGCAGUGCGUUGUGCUUAACAGUCAAACAUUGAGGUAGUUUUGCGCUGGUGUGUCGGAGAGGUAGUAUCAAUAAAUCCGUAUAUUUUUCACUAAGAAAAAUCAACGAAGAAUAAAGAAAAGACAAGUAUCAAGGCCGAUGCAUAAAUCACGUGCAUAUAGUAAAUACGACACUAUACGAGCAAGUUGAAAAAUUACAAGUUUUUGAAAAAACCGGAACAUACCUCUGUAAAAUUUAAGGGCUGUGUUUUUCCACAAAAAAGUCUUGACUCGAUCGAAAUUUAUACAAGAAAAUCAAUUUGAAGGACAUGAUAGAAAGAAUUCUUUUUACGAAAUGAUUGUCAUAUUGUUUCUUCGCACUAAACUCCAACCUAAAAACUUCGAAAUGUUUAAGGUUAUGUUUUAUUGAAACAUGAAUUUCUUGCAUUAACUAGCAAAGCAAUUUACCUGACAAACAAAAACAAACUGGACGUAAGUUAAAACAAUUUAUAUGAGUGGAUAAUGCUUGGAGGCAAUGAACGGAAUGGAGAGACAUGGACAUGGACACGGACAUUCACAUGCACAUUCGCAUCGUCAUCGUCACUCACAUGGAAAUUUACAAAAUGUAUCUCAAAACUCCAGUCAAUCAUCAAAACAUAGCCAUACUCAUACGCUGCAUUUGCAAAAAGAUACAUCUGUGGUUCAAACACCUCAGAAACCAAGGAAUUAUAAGUUAUUAGUUGAUCCAUUCUUAGUAAAGGGUGCAACAAAAUUAUAUAGAUACGAUGGCAUGGUUCCAGGAGAUCCAACCUAUCCUGAAGUUCAACCUCGGGACCCUAGAUCUCAGUUAACAAGAAUUUGGACACGUUUAGAACAACUUGACUUACCUGUACCUAGAUUUAAGAUUGACUCUAAUUACUGCGGUGAACCUCCUCCGCUGGAAGUAACGUUCUGUCAUUUAAAUGAUAAUAUUGAUAAAACUUUUUUAUCAGAUAUGGUUCAAAAAUUUGGAGCUGUAGAAGAACUUAUUGUUUAUUAUCAUCCUGUAACUAACAAGCAUCUUGGAAUUGCGAGAGUGGUGUUUGAAACUACGAAAGCUUCAAAAGCUUGUGUAGAAAAAUUAAAUAACACGUCUGUGAUGGGUAAAGUUUUAAAAGUAUUUCUUGAUGCAUUUGGGGAGGAGUGUAAAAAGAUCUAUGAUGAAUUAACUAUGGAAAAAAAACCAGAAAAGAAAAUUGAGAAAGAAAUAAAGUGUGAAAAUGAUCAAGGGAAGCAAACUCCAAUUGAAAAAAUUAUUAGUGAAGAAAGAGAUGAUUUCAGAAGUAAUAAAAAGAUAUCCAAUAUAGAAAAAUCAAGAGAUAUCUACAUAGAAAAUUCAAGAUACAACAAAUAUAGAGAUUAUCCUACUCCUAGUGGCAGUGCAGGAAGUGAUUUAGGAUAUGGUACUGCGCCUAGUGAAUUAAAUUAUUCUAGUAAUUAUUCUCAAAAUUCUACUCCAGCUACAAAUUAUGAUUUUUAUUAUAGUAGUUAUCAUCAUCAACCUCCAAAUAAUUAUUUAGCAAAUAUACCACAAAAUGUAUCGCAAAAUCUUUCAAUGCAGCAAAAUUCGGGUAUAUGGUGGGGAAAUAAUACAGGGACGGCAAGUUAUGCAUCAUCUUCUAUGUGGCCUGUUCAACAUGGGACAAAUUUAGAUAAUUCUAAUUCUAAUCCAGUUUCAGUUUCUAAGGCUUCUAAUGUAAAGCUACAUCAUACACCUAAGAAAGAGAAAGAAAAUCAAAAUGUAACAAAAAAUUCAUCACGAGAUUCACCAAUAGAGACUCGCAAAACAUUAGAUUUGGAUACUAGAAUCGCGAUGUUAUUGAAAGACAAAGCAGGAGGAAUGGCACCACCUUUCCUACAGUUUGGUAGCGAUUCUGAGGAUGAAAAAAAGUCUAUCACUGCAGAUAAUGAGAUGCUCUCAGAACCACCAAGCCCUUUUCUCUCUCAUGAAACAUACAAAUCGUGUUUUGAAAAAAUGAGAGAAAGGAAUAAAGAACGAUGGAAAGUACAUGAAAAUAGCAUGAAUCAAAUUUCUGUUGAUGAAGAUUUAGGUAGCGUUAUAAGUUCGAGCGAAGAUGAAGCAUUACUGGGAAGUUAUAGUCCUGCACCAGAUGAAAUCGAACCAGAACCACCAAAAGAGCCGCCACCUCCACCUCCACCAGAUGAUGAUAGAAUGUCAUUAAGUCCAUUAAGUUCAGGGGAUGAAAAAAUUGAAGAGGUUAUAGCUCAAACAGAACCUACAAGUCAGAUAUAUCCAGGAGCUGGCUAUCCUGGACAUUUAACUCAUUAUUCUACCAGUGAUAUGUACCAUUGGCCAAGACCAGCACAAUAUCCGUACCCUUAUGGAACAACAACAUAUUUACAAAGUCAUUAUCAACCAAAUACUACAUCAUUUUCUGGCACAGUAGGGAAUCAUCAAGGAGCUAAUUAUUAUCCAUCUUUUCAAUCGAGACUUCAUGCUAUGGCAAAUCAUAAUAUUACGAAAGAUAAUCCACAAGGUCCUACUAUUAAUGGUGUAUUAAACAGAGUUGUAAAUGAAUUAAAACAAAUUCUAAAAAGGGAUUUUAACAAAAAGAUGAUUGAAAAUACUGCGUUCAAACUGUUCGAAGUAUGGUGGGACGAAAAGAAAUCAGAGAAAAUUCAAAAUCAAGGAGGCGAGAACACCAUUAUUAAUAACAGUAAUAAGGAAGAAGGACAGAAACCUCAAGGAUUAUCAUUACUUUUAGAACAAGGAACUCCACUUGGAUUUAAUUACGAUGGAUUUGGUCUGGGCAUUAGAGCCAGCAUGCCAAAGAUGCCUUCUUUCAGGCGCAAAAUCAAAGCUCCAAGCCCAUUACCACAGGACGAAGAUAGUCGUCAGUCUGAUCAUGGUGACACAGAACUUAUAGGGAGCGAUAGCGAUCUUGACCUAGCAUCAGUACAAAAAGUUAAAAGGCCAGUUACUUCUCUUCCAAGCGUUUCUUCGUCAUCUUCCUCGUCAUCCUCGUCGAGUGAGAGUAGUAGUGAAGAAAUGAGUUGCAGUGAAUCUUCCAGUAGUUCGAGUGAUAGUUCCGAUGAAGAAGUAUGUUCUGGAAACUUUGAAGAUGAGCAAGAUACAGACAGUCGUUUGUCAGAUCAUCGUCCACUGGCCUGUAACAGUGAAGAUCCUGAUAUUCUAAUGGAACUCGCAAUUCAGAGAUCGUUAGAUUGUCCAACCCCUACUGGUAGAGAGACACCAGUACCUAAUAUUGAAAUAAAAGAUGUAAAUUCGAAUGAAUUCCCACAGUGUGAUAAUGAAGCUAGCCCUGUAUCAUCUCCAUUGAAAUAUGAAAGUGAUAAAGAUGACAUUGAGAAGACAAAUGAAAUAUCUGUCAAUGAGGAUUAUCUUGAAAAGGUUCGAACAGUGCAUGAAGAGAUGGAAAAAAAGAAUGUGGAAGAUGAGAUACAAAGAAAAGUAAAGAGUACUUUAGUAACACCAGGUAAACAAGAACCAUGUGAUAUACAAAAAAUGGAAAAUUCUGCAGCAGAAGCUUUGAUAACAUUAGCUGGCCAAGAUAAUAUUAUAAGGCAUAGAAGUCCGGGACCUGUACAACCAAAUAUUAUUAGAGCUCUUCAAACUAUGUCUGCUAAGUACAUUAACGACGAACCUAUAUUAAAAGAAUCAGAAAAGAUCGAAAUGUUUAGUGAAAUACCUACCACCGAUUCAGAGGAAGAAAGCUUAGAAAUUAGAAGAUUAAGGUAUCAAGCUGAAGCUGACCUCCGACUUAAUGGUCAACAGAGUCCUAAAAAUUCUCAAGCUUCACAAGUGUUUAUGGAGCAUUCGUAUUCAUUACCACCAACACAAUCAGAAAUAACGAAGUCCGUAAUUCGUACACCUUCGACACCAAUGAAACCAGUGAAACUUAAAUCCUCAAAGAUUAUGAAAUUAUCGAAGAGUAAAGACAAGAUACACAAAGUAGAGAAACGAAAAUACAAUAAAUACACGAAGAUACAUGCUCAUCAAAAUCAUGAAGGAGAGAAAGAGAAUAUUGAAAAUGAAUAUGUUUAUGAGAAAUAUCCAAAGAAAGUUGAGGAGCCACUUGUUACAUACAAAGAACGCGAUCUUAUGUCGGAGAUGGCUAUUUUGUAUGAAUUUUUAACCAGAGGAAUAGAUGCAGAGGAUGUAGAAUAUUUAAGACGAAGUUACGAGGCUUUGUUGGCCGAUGAUAGUCAAGGUUAUUGGUUAAAUGACACGCAUUGGGUUGACCAUCCUCCAACUGAUAUUCCAAGUCCUGCGAAACGCAGAAAGAGAGAUGAACUUAGAUUACAUACGAGUGGAAGUGCAAGAACAGAAGGAUAUUAUAAGGUUGAUGUACGAGAAAAAGCUAAACAUAAGCAUCACUAUGCGCAAAGUAUACAACGAAGUAACGACGUUGAGGAUAGUAAUGGUCCUUAUGCUGGUAGUGAUGGAAUAAUGAAUGGUCCAAAGAACAAUACUAAAGCUUUAACUGGCAAAAUGCAAGCUCUGUCUCGUGAGGCCCGAAGUAAUCAACGUCGAUUAUUAACAGCUUUCGGUAUCGAUACUGAUAGCGAUCUUCUUAAAUUUAAUCAAUUGAAAUUUAGGAAAAAACAAUUGAAAUUUGCUAAAUCUGGUAUACAUGACUGGGGUCUAUUUGCUAUGGAGCCAAUUGCUGCUGAUGAAAUGGUUAUUGAAUAUGUUGGACAAAUGAUCAGGCCAGUUGUUGCUGAUUUACGAGAGUCUCAGUACGAAGCUACCGGUAUCGGUAGCUCCUACCUUUUCCGUAUUGAUUUAGACACGAUUAUCGAUGCAACAAAAUGCGGAAAUUUAGCACGGUUCAUUAAUCAUAGUUGCAAUCCGAAUUGUUAUGCAAAAGUAAUUACGAUCGAAAGCCAAAAGAAAAUUGUAAUCUAUAGUAAACAGCCGAUAGGAGUUAACGAGGAAAUCACGUACGACUAUAAAUUUCCAUUGGAAGAUGAUAAAAUCCCUUGCCUAUGUGGAGCUCCUCAAUGUCGGGGUACUCUCAAUUGAAUCGUUCAUAAAACUAUAUUGUUCAUCCCUUUUCCUGUCUUCUACAUUUCAUCAUACCCUACUCAUAUUUUUGUAAAUAUUUCCCCAUGUAAACAUUUUAUAAAAUGCAAUGGAAAAAUGCUAAAUUAUGUUAAUAUGAAACUCCUCUUUUUUAACAUC